AUGAGCAACAUUAGCAACGACAGUGGAUUGGAUGACUCGGCCAACAACGCACAUGCUCCUUUGGCGGCCACUCGGUUGUCUUGGUUCCUGGCCGAAGUGGAUGAUGGGUCGAUGAAGGAUGGCAAGCCAAACGGGCAGCCCCGUCUCUGCGUGCUCCACUCCAUGGAGCUGCUGGAAUCGGAUGUGUCGGAGAAGUACAUGACCCGCUUCGUGGAAUUCCGCGUCAACGGAAUGGUGCUGGAGGCCAAGCUAAUCCUGGCCGCCGACGAGAGGCGCCUGGUGGAUGCCGCCCUGCUCUCCAUGAGCAAGGAGGAGCGCGAGGACGCCAGUGCCCAGCAGCUGUUGGUCCAGUACACCGAGAACGACGAGAAAGCGGGCGAGCGAUUGGUCCAGAAACUGGUCUCGCCGAACAAUGUGAUGUGGAUCAGCACCAAACCGGAGCUGAAGGGUAAUCCUCUCGUGAGCCUGGCCCCCGGAUGCAUUGCCCAUGUCUUGUACGCCUACGAGAGUCGCGAUUACAUGGAGAAGAUUCUGCUGCACCUGAAGGCGCGCUCCUUUGACCACGCCUUCGAUGACCAUCUGGAAACCGAGCCGGAGGCCAUGACCGACGACACCUGGAUGCUGGUGCAAUACAGUCCGGAGCCGGAGACGGUGGUCUACCAGGUGGUGCAGUACCGGCAGACAGUGUGGCGCCGGGAGAAUCUUUUCAAGGACGUGAUUGCCUACAUGCAACUGCCGGGCAGCGACAUCGUCCUGCAGGCGGUGGUCAUCAGCUAUGGCAAGGACAAGGAGGCCCAGGAAGCCAAGUACGAGGAGCUGAGAAGGUUCUCCUUCGACAUUGACUUUCCGCUGCCCGAGGAACUGGAGAAGCAUCCGGUUCAGGGCACUUCCACCGCCGCCCUCUUCUCGCGCACCAGUUUGUACCAGAAGGCCGAGCAGCGGGACGCCACCGGGGAGCACAAGGAGCUGCGGAAGAGCCUGGAGCAGAUGAGCGAGAAGGCUCAGAGUGAGGCCCAGAUGAUCAUAGACGCCUUCGACAUGGUGGACAACAUCAACAAGAAUCUGCAGAGUCGUCUGUCCGGGGAACUGCGAUCGGCCGUGGAGGCGACUUCCGGCGACGAGCUCAAUUGA